AUGCCCCGCAAAGAUUUCCAGAGAGACCUUGCGAAGUCCUCGGUGCCAUAUCUUUUUGCACAUCUACGUGACGUGCGAUCAGGCAACGAGGACGGCUCGAUCUACCUCACCUAUCAGGUUCCUUUCGACACCCAGACUAUUGACUUCCAAGUCUCCGUACCUGACACUUCAGAAUACCCUAGAGAUCACACAUACUUUGCUUUUGCGGCAUCAGACUCCAUCCCAGAGGCAGUUUCAUCCGCUCUAGAACAGUUUCAGCCGGCAGAUUGCACGUUGACGAUAGUGGAGUUUCUAGAACAUUUUAGUAAGCGCCUCGACGCAGCUAUUCUGGAACUAGCCUCGCCGACCGGCUCCUCGGGUGAGAUUGACUUGGAAGAUGAUGUUGACGGCGAGACGGGGUUCCUGUCCGAGGACGAAAUCGACUGGGAAGACGAGGAGAAAUCCUUUUUCAACGCUCGACCAGACGCUCGGACAGUCAUAUCGGAAGUGCGAGAGGACCUGCGCGUCGCCAAGGAGGCGGGAUACAAGGUUGGCUAUCUGGGCCAUGCGACCGGCUCCGUGAUGAUAUCAGUCUCCUGCCGCAUCGCCAAGCUUGGCAUCUCCAUCGAGGCCAUGAAGGCUUGGGAUGUUUCUCCCCUUGACUACCUCGUGCUCCUCAUUCGGUAUCCGCAAGGAUACACUCGGAUGAAGGACAUUCUUGGCAAGGGGAGUUCGUCUGUCGAGAUGCAUGUUGGUGCGUGUGAGAAGUACAAACCCGGCUUGGAUGAAGCCCGAAUGCUUUUCAACGCCUCGAGCAAACCGUCUUCCGAUGACAGUGUGAGAUCGCGGCACUCAGGAGCGCCAUUGAAGCCCAUAUUCAUUGGGAACUCACUUCAAUCUCUGCUCAACAAAUAUUUCAUCGACUUGCUCGCCUACCGACUUGACUACGGUUUCAAAUGGACAAGCGCCGAGCUCUUUCUUAACAAUAACCAAGGCCGUAUCCAAGACAAGGCGAGGCAGGAUUCUCAGCGACCGGAAUAUCACACCCCUGAGCAUUGGGACGAGUCUACGCCGGCAUUCCUGAAAGCCGACCAUAUCUCCGAUGAUCUCGAUCCUAGCUCAUCUUCUUUAUCAUUUCCUCUUCUGGCAAUGCAGUUUACUCUGCGUCGGUUUGUGAAGUGUGUGGACUUCUGCCUCAACUGUUACUGCAAGAUUGAUACUGGAUUCGAAGCGUUGAAGCCCUACGUUUGUUCCAAAGGAUUAUGUCUUUAUCAAUAUAUGAAGCUCGGCAUGGGCCCAAAUAUCGAGUGGGAGAUUUUGUCGCAGCCGUAUGUUGUUGACAUUCUCGUUAGCUUCGCGUACGCAAGAGCCUCGGCUAAUCACCUCGACGACUUCCCUACUGGCCUUGGCCUCAAAGUUCCCUGCUUUCAGGGAAAACAGGCCCAUGCGGGAAAGUUGGAUCUCGCGAACAUGCGUCUUCGGGUGGAUGAGUCGGUCACGCUUAAAACCGGCGAUUGGGUUGUCCUGACGAAGGCUGUGAAUCAAAGUCCACUGGGUACAGAUUCCCAGUGGCACUGCCGAGUGAUGAACACUGUUUUCGCGCCUUCGUACGAGCUCGCCUCUCCGGUGCAUCGGUCUAAAUCGCCCACGAUGCAUAUGACGUCCGAUGUUCAAUUCAUGGUGUACGACACAAAUUUUGACGCUCUGGACGACAGAAAGAAACGGGAAGCCAUUUGCAUGCUUCUAGACACUCUACCCGACGUCGAUCAGAUGCGAUCGUUCUUGACGAGCGAACGAGCAGCGGUCUCCGGAAGGUCUCUGGUGACGUGGACAGAGCGGAUAUCCCCGGCCGCCUUAUAUGUGCUCCGAUGGAUUGUCUCAUCCAAUAGGUCUUGUAUCAGGUACGAAGAGAAUCCCGAGGACCGUGUUUCCGGUGUCCCUGGCUGGAUGCAGUUUCGGUUGGCUCAAGGAGCUCCGGACAAGGAGCAUCGCUUUGUGCACUCUGUGACUUCUACGACCAACCGUCUCAAGCUCAAGCAUUCUACCCUCUUUGCCUGGCAUGGUAGCGCGCUGCAUAACUGGCACAGCAUUCUGCGAGAAGGGCUGCAUUUUAAUUACGUAGCCCACGGCCGUGCUUAUGGGAACGGCGUAUACAUGUCACCUAAUUUCGACCUAUCGCUUGGAUACACGGCCGGGGGAACGAUCUGGCCUAAUAGCCUGUUAAAGGUUUCAAAGGCCAUAGUUUUGAACGAAGUUGUGAAUGCUCCCGGUGAGUUUGUCACUUCCCAGGGCUGUUACGUCGUUAGUCAGCUGGACUGGAUUCAGUCACGAUAUCUGUUCGUUGAAUGCAAGGACUCCACAAAGUACUCCGGGGCUACCGCCGCCAGAUCCUUUUAUGAUCAAGACCCAAAUCGCCGAGCAUUUGGCUGUCAGAACGAGGCUGUUGCUAUUCCUCUCUCUGCUCUGAGCAGUCGCCGGAUGGCCACGGCUAGCGAUUCGCCCACAAAGGUGGCCGGUCGUGCUAAAAAAUUGAAAUUGCCAGCUAAGGACAGUAAGGACAAUGAUGAUGAUGAUGCCAGCAGCGUUAUGACGCUGCUGGAAGAUCGCAUGUUACUGGACUGGGGCACCGAUGAAGAACUCCAGAAACGCUACGGUGAAGGUGAUUUCGACAAUCGCCCACUGCAAAACAACUCCUCGUUGACGGACUUCCGUCCGGGAACUCUGCGAGAAUCAUCGGUCAAGCUACUAGGACCACCCCAGUAUGCAACCACUAAAGCCACAAAGGUCCUGCAGCAGCACUUACAGGAGACACUAAAGGUGCAAGAGCGAGAACCAUUACAUGAACUAGGCUGGUACAUAGAUCACCACCUGAUCGAAAAUGUGUAUCAGUGGAUUGUAGAGCUGCACAGCUUUGAUCCUAGUUUGCCCCUGGCUAAAGACCUGAAGAAGUUGGGCCUCACAAGUGUCGUGCUGGAGCUCCGCUUUCCUCCCCAGUUCCCCAUGUCCCCACCGUUCGUGCGAGUCAUCCGCCCGCGAUUUGUCAUGUUUAGCCAAGGGGGUGGUGGGCAUAUCACGCCAGGGGGAGCGCUUUGCAUGGAGCUCCUCACUACGUCGGGCUGGUCCCCGGUCUCCAGUAUCGAGGCAGUCUUGCUACAGGUUCGCAUGGCCAUCACGAGCACGGACCCGCGGCCAGCACGGCUUCAAAUGAGCGAUAGAAGUGAUUAUUCCGUGGGCGAAGCCAUAGACGCAUAUGUGCGAGUUUGUCGGGUGCACAAUUGGCAGGUUCCUGCCGAUCUUCAGCGUGUUUCAUGGACUUAGCCUUUUUGGUAGAUUAGCGAACUUUCAUUUUGGAGUUUGUGGCUUGUGGUCAAUUUUCCUUUACCAAGUUGACAUGUAUUUUGUUUAAUCUC